AUGGCCGGGCCACCCAUGGCAGGUUCGCCAUCUCUGCCGGCGCUCCAGCAGGUGCUACCGCCGCCAUUUGCACCCGGCCACGUCGGCGACAUUUUCGCGCCAGCAGGGCGACAGCCAGGUUUCCGCCCUACACUGCCGGCGCCAGGACCUACCGGACCGAGCUAUCACUCCGCCGGACAGCUGCCUCCGACGCUCCAGCAGUCGCCGUUCGGUUCUCCGUCGAUGCCCGUGCCCGAGCUGACCUACCCGCUGCCAACCCCAUCCCCGAACGGCCGACUCCCUCUCUCUCUCACUCCUCCGCAGCCACCCCCUCCGCCUCUGCCACCUGUGCCUCCGCCCUCACCCUUGGCGCCGUCAGGGAUCGUCUCGUCCUCAGGGAUCGUCUCGUCCUCAGGGAACGUGUCCCAGCAGCCGGUACAUCAGCAGCCCGUCCAUCAGCAGCCCGUCCAUCAGCAGCCGGUACAUCAGCAGCCCGUCCACCAAUCUGGGCACUACCCCCCCGGUCUCUCCACGAACAGCGAAGCGAGUUUCAGAGGACCCUCGCCGCCGGGUUUGGUUACGCCGAACGGAGUGGUGCCCAUCAACAUGAUCCCCACUGCGCAGCGGCCCUCUCCAGCGGCACAGCGUCCGUCGCCGGCACCGCCGCGGCCCCCUUCCUCUCCUCCGCGGCCUUCCUCUCCAAACGGUCCGGCCCGGCGAAGAAACGGGCUCAACCGGAAGGGGCGGUCCUAG